AGCCACCGGGCAGAGGCGCGGGGACAGCGCCGGGGCUGCCGCACCCACCGGCGCACACACCACCCACCUGUACCUGCCACCCACCUGUACCUGCCACCCACCGACGCCCCGGGAGCGAUGAAGGCCGCCCGGCUCGCCCUGCGCAGCGCCGCCCCCCUGGCCGGGGUCCGGGGCGGCAGCAGCAGCCGCGGCAGCUGCCAGGUGCCGCGGGAAGUGGAUCAGUUUUCCCGCUUCUCGCCCUCCCCGCUCUCCAUCAAACAGUUGUUGGACUUCGGCUCAAGUAAUGGAUGUGAGAGAACUUCUUUUGCAUUUUUGCGACAAGAACUUCCUGUGAGGUUUGCAAACAUACUGAAAGAAAUCGAUCUUCUUCCUGAUAAAUUACUAAGCACUCCAUCUGUACAAUUAGUAAAAAGCUGGUACAUCCAAAGCCUCAUGGAGCUGGUUGAGUUCCAUCGGAAAAGCCCAGAUGACCAAAAAGUGUUAUCUGAUUUUAUGGAUACGUUAAUCAGAGUCCGAAACAGACAUCACGAUGUAGUUCCUACAAUGGCACAAGGAGUGAUUGAAUACAAAGACACUUUUAAAGUAGAUCCUGUCACCAAUCAAAACAUUCAGUAUUUUUUGGAUCGUUUUUAUAUGAGCCGUAUUUCUACCCGGAUGCUAAUGAACCAGCACACCCUUCUUUUUGAUGAUAAAUCCGGCUCAGGACACCCAAGGCACAUUGGAAGUAUUGAUCCUUGCUGUGAUGUUGUUGAAGUAGUGAAUGAUGCUUUUGAAAGUUCCAAGCUGUUGUGUGACCAGUAUUAUCUAACAUCUCCAGAACUGAAACUUACUCAAGUGAAUGGUAAAUUUCCAGGAGAGCCAAUUAACAUUGUAUAUGUUCCAUCUCAUCUUUAUCACAUGCUUUUUGAGCUCUUUAAGAAUUCAAUGAGGGCCACUGUGGAAUUCCAAGAAAACAGUUCUUCCCUUUCUCCAAUUGAAGUAACAGUUGUUCUAGGAAAAGAGGACCUGGCAAUUAAGAUCUCAGACAGAGGUGGUGGUGUUCCAGUAAGGAAAAUUGAGCAGCUGUUUAGCUACAUGUAUUCCACAGCACCAAGGCCAAAGAUGGAUGAUGGUCGAAAUACCCCUCUUGCUGGCUUUGGGUAUGGCUUGCCAAUUUCUCGUUUAUAUGCUAAAUACUUUCAAGGAGAUCUAAAUCUCUACUCCAUUUGUGGUUAUGGAACAGAUGCUAUUAUCUACUUGAAGGCCUUAUCAACAGAUUCUGUAGAAAAACUCCCAGUUUUUAACAAAUCAGCUUCCAAGCAUUACCAAGCUACCUCAGAGGCAGAUGACUGGUGUGUUCCAAGUAAAGACCCAAAGGACUUAUCAAAGCAGAGUGCGGCUGUCUGAGUUUGGUAUCCAAGCAAGGCACCCAAGGGAAUCAAGCUGGCUUCUCAAAAAAGACUAACAUUUGGAUGUAUUCAUCUGCCUCCAAAAAAGCAAAUUCUUCAGUUUCAGGACUGGCAGAAGAGAAAGAAGAUAAGGAUAUUAUGGCCUGGGCUGUAUGCACUGAAUGUGAAAUCUUGGUAGGGACUACAGGAAGAGGAAAAUAGGAACACAUAUGUCUUUCAAGAGAUGUGUAUAGAGGAAAAUCAGACUUUUUUUUUUUUCUUAUGAUCAAAGACUUGGUGUGGCAGAGGUGUGCAAUUUUUUUGGUCCUUUUUAAUGCUUGAAUUCUGAAUACUGAUAAAUGUCAGUUAUGCUGGUGUAUAUUUUUCUCCUAGAAUAGUUACCAGCGGUUCAUCUUUGUAAAAAACUUCUCAAGUAGAUAGAUAACACCUGUGCUUUAAAGCUAUAUUUAUAACAUUUGGAAAAGACCCACUUAGCAUGGCAGUCUUGUAGCAGGAUACAACCAGCAUUCAAAUACAGCCUGACUGGGAGGGAGGAAGCCCUGGGGUGUUGGGAGAAGGUAUUUUCCAUAUAUGAUGAAGUCCCAUUCUAAACCAAAACAAAACCAAAAACAACACAACUGAAUUUCAGUAAUAAUUCUGAUGAUGCCUUUUUCUGUGAGUUACAUUGCUAGAUUUUUUUAAUGUUGAGCUGUUUGUGGAAAAACAAGCCAAGUAAGGCUCCUAUGCAUAAGGCAACUAAGAAGGAAUUAAGGAUAAAGAAGUGGAAAACUACUUGGUUAUAGCAGCUGUAAGGUUAGGCUACAUCUAGCCUACAUCCCUGCACUCCAGAAAAAAUGUUCCAAGUAAGCAUGUUAGGAUUUUUCAAGGACUGAAGUCAGACAUGCAAGUUGAAUGGAAAGAUUUUGGUGACCUGUAUUAUGUAAGCACGAUGUAGGAAACAAGAGCAUGCUUGAAACAUGGUCUUGUGGUUCCUUUUUGUCAUGCUGUUAGAAGAUGAGUGGCUCAGUACACUAAAUGUAUCUUCCUAUCAUCUUUGAGAAAUCUGUAUUGGACCACAGUAGCUCAAAGAGGUACAUGGGAAUUCUAUACCUUGAAAGCUGUGAUGAGCACUGAAGGUCUAUUUGAAAUGUUUUCAGGAAGAGUCAUGUUGAAACUAGAAUUUAAUUCUAAUAACUGUUCAUUGCAAUGGAAAGGUCUUAAGAAAUGAGAAGUUUUGAAGUAUGAACAGAACUGGAAACUAUAGAGUAACUUUUACGAACAUGAAUGUUAUGGGGAAUUGUUACAGGAACAGUGCCAGAGGGAGAGAGCUGUUGGGGAAAACAUUCCAUUCUGAAUAAGCUGCUUCCUUUUCCAUCUUAUUUGUGCAUUUUCCCCUUAUAAGCAAGGUAAACUUAAUGACAGAAUAGAAAUUAAACUAUUGGACAUUGCCAAAUUGGUCCAUGAGACUUCAUCAAUGCUCUAUCUUAUGACCUGAAUUUUUUUUUUUUUUACUAAUUAGUCUAUUAUCUUAAGUGUAUGUGAUCCUUUGCAAGAAGUUGCAAGUACAGAUUUUAAAGCAUGCUCAGUAGUGUGACAGUUUUCUAAAACAGAUUUGUGUUUGUCGGAUGGAAAGCCACUCCAUACUCUACUGUGAAAAUAAUGAGAGAAAGCUAGAACUACCUUUGUGUUCAAGAAGUCCUGUUGGGACAGAUUUCUCAAUCAAAAUAAAAUAGUAUUCUGAUAUACUACAUUUAUUUUUAAAACCAAAUGUAGAACUAUUGGGAUACCUACUGAGCAUAAUGACUUCAGUACUGAAUCAAGGCUGUUUUAAUCCCCAUGAAUAAGCUGGAGUUGUGUAUCUGAGCUCAGCUCAGUGAAUGAAAUGAAGAAUGAAAAUGAAAGAUAUUUGUCUAGAAUAUACAGGUAAAGCUGCAUUCACUGCCAUAAUAUACUUGAAUAUUUUUUUAUUUUGUAUUGAAUACCAGGUCACAAAAACAUACCUAGGUAGUCAUUGUUGUCAGGUAAACACAAAUUGUACCUCUGUCUGCACCUGGUAAUGCCUGAACAUGGGUUAUGAUCUCACCAUACACUGUACAUCUGUAUCAUAGCCACAGCUACUGCAGGGAGGAGCUGUAACUUGUGUCUCAAAGCAGCUGAAGCACAUGGGUGCUGUGAGCAUGUCUAAUGUUCACAGAGAGAAACUGCAGAACACAUUCAUAAUGCAGACAGAGGUGGGUGUAGCACCUAAAGAACCCACAUGGGGUAUGUGUAGCAUUAAAAAUGACUUAAGGGCUAUCUACCUAGAUAAAAUGGUAUGUUUUCAGAAUGUACUGAAUUCUUAUUCCUGAAAGUAGAGCCACAGUUUUAAGCAUUUUACUUGGAUGUAGAUGUUGAAAUAAUUUUAUAAUAAAAUAAUGUAAAUGGU